AUGCAGUUCUCCACCAUUGCCAUUUCCGCCCUCGCCCUCGCUACCGCUGCGGUCGCUAGCCCCGUUAAGCGUGCUGGCGGCUCCGGCCAGGCGACCUACUUCUACCAGAAUGGCAACCCCGGAUCGUGCGGGAACUACAACUCGGACUCUACGCCCAUCGUGGCCGUCAACAGCGCACAGAUGAGCAGCGCCAUGUGCGGCCAGAAGGUGUGGAUCCAAGGGAACGGAAAGACGAUCGAGGCGACGGUCGCCGACACCUGCCCCACCUGCUCGUCGGGCUCGCUUGACCUUUCGGUCGGUGCCUUCCAGCAGCUUUCGGGUCUCGACGCCGGUGUCGUCCCCAUCACCUGGUGGUCGUAA